AUGUCAUCGCAACAGUCAACAGACAACCUGACUCUGAACUAUAUCUUUGCGGGACUUGGAUCGAAAAACCCAAUCAAAAGACAAAAAGCAGCAAGGAGCCUAAAAGAUCACCUUAUAUCUAUCUCAAGAGACUUUGUAUCUUCCGAACAAUGGUCGUUGUACAAUAGUGACAUUAACAAGAGGGUGUUUGAGCUCAUUCACAGCCCGAAUGCCACUGAACAGAUGGGUGGUGUUGAGGCCAUCAACGCCCUAUUGGAUCUAAUAACGAAUCCUGUGAGUGGCAUAAGCAUUUCUCAGAAUUCGGCUGCUUCUCUGGAAGAAAACACCAGUACUAUCACCAGAUAUGCCAAUUAUCUAAGACGGCUGAUACCUUCCAAUGACCUGGAAGUGAUGAAAAGUGCCACCAAAACCUUAGGAAAACUGGCUAUUCCAGGAGGAAGUCUGACGGGUGAUUUUGUGGAGUUUGAGAUCAAAAGAUCCAUUGAAUGGCUGGUGAGCGACAAACAGGAAGUGAGGAGACAUGCUGCAGUCCUGACCAUUAGUGCUCUCGCGUACAAUUCCCCAACGUCCAUGUUCCAGUAUUUGAAAGACAUCCUUGGAAAUAUCUGGAUUGCGUUAAGAGACCCCAAACUGGCUAUCAGAGAAGACGCCGGAGUGUGUCUGAGAUACUGUUUGAGACUGGCAUACGAAAGAGAUAAUCAAAUGAGGGCCCACUGGUUCACCAAGCUUUACAGCGAAGCAUCCCAAGGAGUGAAAUCUAUUGGAACCAACUCAAGUACAGUAGCAGCCACUACUGAAACAGUGCAUGGAUCGUUGAUCUGUUUUCACGAGCUCAUAUUUCUGGGAACGGAGGUACUGGCCCCAAAGGUAGACGACUUAUACGAGAUCCUCAUGAGACUCAAAGACCACAAAUCUCAGGAGGUGAGGAAGGAGGUUACUGUCAUAAUACCCAUACUUGCAAACUAUGAUCGAACCAAAUUUGUUGAAAAGUUCAUGCAUCGCAUCAUGCUAUACUUCCUCUCCCAGCUAACGCACGGCAAAGAUCGUGUCUUCAUCCUCAGAAGUGUGGGUGAUAUCGCGACCGAAGUCAAGAGUAACAUUGUUAGUUAUCUCGACGGUGGCAUUCUUGCCAACAUCAAAGAUGCUCUUUCGACAAAAGUGCCAAAAGCUCGCAAGGAGCUUGAGCCAGCAUGUUUCUACUGCCUCUCGAAACUGGCAAUUGCCAUUGGCACUCCGUUGACAAAGUUCAUUAACAACUAUCAGAUUCUCAAAUUGGUGUUCAAAUCUUCCAUCAAUGACAGCAUGCUUGAGCUGCUCCGAAUCCUGAUCGAGAAUCUCCCAUCUUUAGAGCCUGUUAUAGACGAGAGACUCCUAAACGUUGUCAGCAUGUGUUUGAGUGGUUAUGAGUUCAAGCAUCCUGGAUCACCGGAUUUUAAAAGGGCCAUGAGCCCUUCUUUGGCAUACUCUUUCCGUCAAACAAUGCUUCAAAAAGACGGCGGAAUGAUCUCCGUUAAUACGGUUUUGAGGGUAGAAAGUGAGAUAAGUUCGGAUGAAUUAUCCCUUGCUUCUGCUUAUGAAGAUGGCGAUGUGGCUGUGAUUCUACAGGCAUUGAAAGCUCUCAACUUCUUUGACUUCAGAAACUACUCUUUGACAGAGUUUGUUCGCUACUCCGUGAUUACCUACAUAGAACAUGACAAUCCAGAGGUGAGACUGAAGUCUGCGUUGACCUCUUGCGCGAUAUUCUUGAAAGAUCCAAUAUGUCUUCAGAGCAGCGAAAGAUCGUUACGUGCAGUCGGGGAAGUCCUGGAUAAACUGUUGACUCUGUGUAUUACUGACCCUGUUCCUGAGAUCAGGUUGGAGAUGCUGAAGUCUUUGGGAGAGAGGUUUGAUCCCCAACUAUCGCAGGCUGACAAUGUUAGACUUCUGUUUACCUCUCUCAAUGAUGAGUAUUUUGAGAUCAGGAAAACGGCAAUCAAACUCGUUGGAAGACUAUCAGCUAUCAAUCCUGCCUACAUUGUUCCUUCUUUGAGGAAACUUCUGAUUCAAUUGCUCACCAGCUUGGAGUAUGGAGGCACGAGUGCCCGUAAAAAGGAGGAGACAGCUACGCUGUUGCACUUGUUGAUUGCCAAUUCGCGCGACAUCACGAAGCCUUACGUGAAACCUAUCCUGGAUGUUCUGAUACCAAAGGCAAAGGAUGAAAGCUCUUCUGUUGCCUCAAGCAGUAUCGUUGCCAUUGGAGAACUGUCUAUUGUGGGUGGUGACGAAAUGCUGGUCUUCAUUAAGGAGCUGAUGCCAAUCUUGUUGGACACUUUCCAAGACCAGAGUUCAAGUUAUAAAAGAGACGCUGCUCUGAAGACCCUGGGACAACUUUCUGGCUCUUCUGGAUACGUUAUCCAGCCUUUGCUUGAUUAUCCUCAGUUGCUGGGAAUGUUGGUCAACAUUUUGAAAUCAGAAUCUUCUGCUGUGAUAAGAAGGGAAACAGUAAGACUUCUGGGAAUCCUCGGAGCUUUAGAUCCCUACAAACAUCGCGAAGUGGAAAGAAACAGCCAGGAUUCUGCUACUGUUGCAGAGCAGAAUGCCCCAUCCAUAGACAUGGCACUUUUGAUGAAAGGAAUGUCACCUUCCAACGAAGAAUACUUUCCAACUGUGGUUAUUAACACUUUAUUGAAGAUUCUCAAGGACCCUUCUCUAUCGACACAUCAUCCCGCUGUUAUUCAAGCAAUAAUGCACAUCUUCAAGACCUUGGGUACGAAAUGUGUCCCAUUCUUGAAGCAGGUGAUUCCUGGUUUUGCUCGUGUUGCCAGAACAUGCCCCCUCUCGAUGCUAGAGAUCUAUUUCCAACAGCUGAGCGACCUGGUGAAGAUAGUAAGACUCCAUAUCAGAAAUUAUCUGAGUGAUAUUUUUGCUUUGAUCGAAGAGUUUUUUCACCUUCCUAUGGUCCAAGUGACGAUCAUUGGACUUAUAGAACAGAUAUCAAAGGCUUUGGAUGGUGAGUUCAAAAUGUAUAUGCUCGAUAUCAUCACUUUGAUGCUGGAUGUUUUGGAGCAGGAUAAGUCUCCCAACAGGUUCCCAUCACUGAGAGUGCUAAAAGCAUUCGUGGUGUUCGGUAGCAACAUUGAGGUUUAUUUCCAUCUGAUAGUUCCUCAGAUUGUUCGCAUGUUCGAGUUUGGACCCCAGAAUUUGAGAAAGGCUGCCAUUGGCACUGUUGGAAAGAUCUCAAGAGAUGUAAAUCUCAAUGAUAUGACCUCGAGAAUCAUCCAGCCCUUAUUGCGUGUUUUGAGCAAUGGAAACGAGGAAUUGAGAGUGGCCACCAUGAACACCUUGUGCCUUCUGCUGUUACAACUUGGGAAUGAGUUCACGAUCUUUGUGCCCGUGAUAAACAAAGUACUGGUGAAAAACCGUUUGCAAUACCCAAUCUACGACCAGCUUGUUGACAAACUGCUUAAUGGUGAGACUCUUCCGCAAAACUUGGUGAUAGACCAAGACAUAGACACUGCGGGUACUGACCACAAUGAUAUUGAGCCAAGUGCAAGGAAACUACCUGUCAACCAACAGGCAUUGAAAAAUACAUGGGAUGCUAGCCAGAGACGAACCAAAGAAGACUGGCAGGAUUGGAUCAGGAGGUUGAGUGUAGAGCUUUUGAAAGAGUCUCCAUCUCAUGCUCUGAGAGCCUGUGCUGCCUUAGCCAGUGUGUACCAUCCAUUGGCAAAGGAUUUGUUCAAUUGCAGUUUUGCAAGUUGCUGGAACGAACUCAACAUUCAGAACCAAGGUGAACUAGCACAAGCUUUCUGCGUGGCACUUUCGUCGCCGAAUAACCCACCAGAAAUCCACCAAACUCUGCUGAAUCUCGCAGAAUACCUGGAACACGACGAAAAGUCUCUGCCAAUCAGGAUCCAGAUUCUCAGUCAGUAUGCCCAACGCAGUCAUGUCUAUGCCAAAGCCUUACAUUACAAGGAAUUAGAGUUCAUCCAAGAGCCAUCCACGCCAACAAUUGAGUCUUUGAUCAGCAUCAACAAUCAACUGCAACAGUCAGAUGCAGCUAUUGGUAUUCUGAAAUAUGCGCAGGAACACCAUGGGCUGCAAUUGAAGGAGACCUGGUACGAGAAGCUGCAGAGAUGGGACGAUGCUUUGAGGGCCUACAACGAAAGGGAGCUGGAAGAGCCCAAUUCUAUGGAAAUCACCAUGGGUAAAAUGCGGUGUCUCCAUGCUUUGGGUGAAUGGGAGCAACUUUCUGAGCUCGCCCAGGAGAAAUGGAACAGUUCUUCUGGAGAUAUCAGACGAGCAGUUGCACCUUUGGCAGCGGCUGCUUCGUGGGGACUCGGUCAAUGGGAGAGGAUGCACACGUAUAUCAGUGUGAUGAAACAGGAAUCGCCCGAUAAGGCUUUUUUCAAUGCCAUAUUAUGCCUUCACAAAAACAACUUUGACGAAGCUUCCGAUCACAUACUCAAGGCCAGAGACUUGCUGGUGACGGAGAUCACAGCACUGGUGAGCGAAUCAUAUAACCGUGCAUAUGGUGUUGUGGUGAGAGUACAAAUGUUGGCGGAGCUAGAGGAAAUUAUCAAGUACAAGUGCUAUGCUCCCGGCUCCGAGAAACGCAUUGCUAUGCGGGCUACCUGGAACAAGAGACUGUUGGGAUGCCAGAGAAACGUUGAUAUUUGGCAGAGAAUGCUGAAGGUACGGGCGCUGGUGGUCAAGCCCAAACAGGAUAUGGAAAUGUGGAUCAAGUUUGCCAACUUGUGCAGAAAGAGCGGAAGACUUGGGUUGGCUGAAAAAUCGUUGAACUCGUUGCUUGACGAGGGAAACGUGGAGAACCACAGACCUUCGCGGGCACCUCCUCACGUGGUUUAUGCUCAACUGAAGUACAUGUGGGCCAAAGGUCAAAAGCGUGAAGCUCUCAACCACUUGGUGGACUUCACUUCCAAAUUGUCUCACGACCUGGGAUUGAACGAGAAUGAGUCCAUCACUCAACCUCUGCCUACAGAUGCUCCGGGAGCCCCAGAUCACGUGGAGAAGUACACCAAACUGCUGGCAAGAUGCUAUCUGAAACAGGGCGAAUGGAAGGUUGCUCUGAAUAACAAUUGGCGUAGCGAGGAAGCUGCUGGAAUUCUGGGAUCCUACUUGCUGGCAACCCAUUUCGACAACAAGUGGUACAAGGCAUGGCACAACUGGGCUCUGGCCAACUUUGAGGUCAUUUCGCCUCAGUCUGGCGGAGAAGAACCUCCCGUGGAAAUUGAGAACGGCAGUGGUGACUCGCAGUUUGCUCAUAUUCUGCACUAUGUGUUCCCCGCGAUCAAGGGCUUUUUCUACUCCAUCUCGCUGUCAGAACUGAAUCCACUGCAGGAUACGCUGAGGCUUUUGACUCUGUGGUUCAAAUUCGGUGGAAUUGACGAGGCCGCCAAGGCACUCGCCGAGGGAUUCAGCAUGGUUAGAAUUGAUACCUGGUUGAAUGUGAUUCCGCAGCUGAUCUCACGUAUCCACCAGCCCAACGUGGUGGUGAGCAGGGCUCUUUUGGGCCUACUGUCCGACCUGGGCAAAGCUCAUCCCCAGGCUUUGGUGUAUCCGCUCACGGUGGCCAUCAAAUCCGACAGUGUCUCUAGACAACGUGCAGCCCUCACAAUUAUCGAGAAAAUGCGCGCCCAUAGUUCGACUCUGGUUGAUCAGGCAGAGCUCGUGAGUAACGAGCUUAUCCGUGUGGCGGUGCUGUGGCACGAGAUGUGGUACGAGGGGCUGGAGGACGCGUCACGUGCUUAUUUUGGAGAGCAGAACAUCGAGAAGAUGUACGCGACACUAAACCCGUUGCAUGCGUUGCUCGAAAGAGGUCCGCAAACUAUAAGGGAAACGUCGUUCUACAAUGCGUUUGCCAAGGAUUUGUCUGAUGCUUACCAAUGGAUUAUCAACUACAACCGAACCAAGGACACGGCGUAUUUGAACCAGGGUUGGGACCUCUAUUACAGCGUGUUCCGUCGGAUCAGUCGCCAGUUGUCGCAGCUACAGAAUCUGGAUCUGCAACAUGUUUCGCCUAAACUGCUGGCUACCAAGAAUCUAGAACUGGUAGUGCCGGGUACAUAUGUCUCUGGUAAGGAGAUCUGCAAAAUCGCAUAUUUCCAUCCCAUGUUCACCGUGAUCACAUCCAAGCAGAGACCCAGAAAGUUCAGCAUCAUGGGCAGUGAUGGAAAGGAUUAUACAUUCCUGCUUAAAGGCCACGAGGAUAUUCGCCAGGACAGUCUGGUGAUGCAGUUGUUUGGUCUCGUGAACACUUUGCUGGUAAACGAUCCCGAGUGCUUCAAACGGCAUCUGGACAUCCAGCAGUUUCCGGCGAUUCCCCUUUCUCCAAGCUCGGGCUUACUGGGCUGGGUUCCGAACUCGGACACGUUCCACGUGCUUAUCAAGGAGUAUCGUGAGCCUCGCAAGAUCCUUCUUGAUGUUGAACAUCGCAUCAUGCUUCAAAUGUCACCUGAUUACGACAAUUUGACUCUGCUAGAGAAGGUAGAGGUGUUUACAUAUGCCUUGGAUAUCACCCGUGGACAGGACCUGUACAAGGUGCUCUGGUUCAAGAGCAAAUCGUCAGAGGCAUGGUUGGACCGUCGUACAACAUACACGCGGUCGUUGGCAGUGAUGUCUAUGGCAGGUUAUAUACUCGGAUUGGGAGACAGACACCCUUCAAACUUGAUGAUGGACCGUAUCACCGGAAAGGUGAUCCACAUCGACUUUGGCGACUGUUUUGAGGCAGCAAUUUUGCGUGAGAAGUUCCCCGAAAAGGUGCCUUUCCGGUUGACCCGUAUGCUGAGCUACGCCAUGGAAGUGAGUGGAAUCGAAGGUAGUUUCCGUAUUACCAGCGAGAAUGUGAUGCGCGUUCUCAGGAACAACAAGGAGUCGCUGAUGGCCAUAUUGGAGGCCUUUGCGUACGAUCCUUUGAUCAACUGGGGCUUCGAUUUCCCCUUGCGAGACAUAACCGGUGGUGGAAACAUCAAGUUGCCCCUUAACAACCCUGCUGAGUUGCUCCGGGCUGGUCAAAUCGACAAGGCUGAGGCCGUGCGGCUGGAACAACAGUAUAAAACCGAGUUGCGAAACGCUCGUGCUUCGUUGGUGCUCAAGAGGAUCACCGAUAAGCUGACUGGUAACGACUUCAAGCGGUUUGAAGGGUUGAAUGUGCCACAACAGGUGGAUAAGCUGAUCCAGCAGGCCACGAGCGUUGAGAAUUUGUGUCAACAUUACAUCGGGUGGUGUUCGUUCUGGUAA